AUGGUUUAUACUGGAUUUGGACUACAACAGAUCACACCGCCUGAUACGAGGGCUUACAGUGAAUUGACACCUGAAGAGCAAGGUGAAAAAGGUGCUCAAAUGGUGAUGAAUUUUAUGACUUCAUGUCCUGGUAAAUCAGUAAUGAGUGGUGUUACAGGGUUUGCGCUUGGUGGUGUUUUUGGUCUUUUCAUGGCAUCUAUGGCUUACGAUACUCCCCUGGGUGCCACAGGACCCCAUGGAUUGAAUACAAAUGUAAAGAGUAUAGCGGAUCUACCGUUUAAGCAGCAAGUGAAGAUACAAUUUGCAGAUAUGGGGAAGAGAUCAUAUUCAAGUGCUAAAAAUUUUGGUUAUUUGGGAUUAAUCUAUGCAGGUGUUGAAUGUUGUCUUGAAUCAUUUAGAGGCAAGAACGAUUUGUACAACGGUGUUUCGGCCGGUUGUAUAACUGGUGGUGGGUUAGCUUACAAAGGUGGACCACAAUCUGCUGCAGUUGGUUGUGCAGGUUUUGCAGCCUUUUCUGCAGCAAUUGACUGGUAUAUGAGAAGUGAAGAUGGUAGACCACCCAAGGAUGACUUUAACGAAUAG